GUUCAAGUGGUGGGAUUUCACAAGAACAUGUUGAGCUAUUAUCAAAUGAUGUACAAGGUGAAUAUAUUUUUCUCACACAUCAUUAGAUAUGCAUAGCAUUUCGGCCAAUGACAUGGUGUAAUUUACAUCACGUGCAUGUAUCUAUCUGGAUACCCCGUCUAGACCAGGACUUUAAUUACUUCAAGUGGGAAGGGCUUUGAACAAUAGGGAAAUUGAGGGGUAAACAAAAGAUUAUGCAAAUAUAUUUAAUUGCUAUGUUUAGAAUUAUUUCUAAAUACAGUAAGCUGUAUUUAGAAAUUUUACACUUUACAUCUAACACUUUUUCUGCAUGAACGUUUAAAAACUACAUAAAUAUACGAAAAGGAAAAUUACGAUUUUUUACCAACUAUCAAUAGUAAACAGCGUUUUAUAGUAAUGUUUACAGUCUAAUAUAUUCACUUCGGCUCUUCCAUUUUCCACCAGAUAGCGCCUUAUCGCACACACAAUCUGAUAUAUCGUUUUUUCGGAUCUCCACCCUUGUCAGCGAGUGGCUUUCCUUACAUUUUCAAUACUGUGCUAAACUCUUUCUGGUUCUCGAAGAUGCCAUGCUCUUUUGCCAACAAAAUUCAUCUAUUUACGACGAAAGCGAACUGAAUGCUUCGUUAAGCCUGCAGUACACGAGAGCUAUGUGCUGAGCAAAAAGUUACUCGUGCCUGUUAGCUCAGCCGAUAGCUCACCGUGUGCGCGUACAUUUUACUGAGUUUUUUGCCUCAUGCAACCUUUUCUCACGUAUCAAACAUGUUUGAUCGGUGAGCUAACAGGCACGAGUAACUUUUUGCUCAGCAGAUAGCUCUCGUGUGCUGCAGGCUUUACACUUCAUGCAAACUUUCAAGCGAAUGUAAUCGUUAAUUCCCACGCUCACGUUUUUGAAUAUCUAAUAAUUUCAUGCCUCAUUGCUAUGAAAGUCUAAUGAUGUGUGAGAAGCAAUUUCAAAUCCUCGUUAGUGUUUUAAACUUGGCACUUGUAUUUAGAAACCACGUCUAAAACACUAACUCGGAUUUGAAAUAUUACUUAAAAACCUCAAGCCAAAUUUUUAUUUGUUUGUGUGCAUGCAUGCAUGCAUGUGUGUGUGAUUGUAAUAUCUCCAUGCAUAUAUGGAUGUGAACUCUCUUGAUAAGCAAUAUGCUUUUGGGUGUAAACAUGAAUUAAUACAUUUUAUAUAUAAUUUUUUACCAUCUUUGCUUUGCUCUUUAAUAUUAGCAAUGAUAGACAAGAACUGCAAAUAUAAACCAAGUACUUCUGCUGUUGAUCAGGUAAUACAUAGAUAAACACUUUCCUACACUAUUGGUACAGAAAGUCUUCUGAGACAUCGUUUACACUAGAGCAAAAUAUUCCGGAUUCGCUAAAGUUUCGAUCUGUCAAUGAUAUUGUCCUCCAUACUAACUAUAUCAGUUCUAUAACGCCUGAUUUAAAGACCGCGAGAGACAUUCUCCGCGUUAGUAGAGCGGCCAUGCAUAAAAAUAAAUUAAUAUGUUUCUAUCCAAUCGAAUUCGUCGCAGCGUGUGUAUAAACGGCAACAUGAACCUGGUAUAUGGAAACGUUUCGGAUUCGUUAUGCAUGCAUGAAUCCGGAAUCUUUUGCUCCAGUGUAAACAGGGAUCUAAGCCCCGUCCAAUAAGCAUGCAUGCAGCCUCCCUUCCUCUUCAAAACAAAUUAAGAAACAGAUUUGUACCGACUAGGUGUAUUGUUAUUAUUUGUUUCAUGCGUUACUAUUUUUCGUUUUGCUAAAUCAAAUUUAGAAACUAAAUUUUACGGAAAAUAAUUAGGCUAAAUGUUAAUUUUGUCUAUAUGUUUAAAGUUGUAGGCCUAUAGUAUUAGAAAUUUUGGCUGAAUCAUGCAAUGAUAAGCCCAUGCAAUAAUGAUUAUCCCUAAUAAAGACUCUGGCGAAAAUUGAAUUAGCGUUUUGAAAUUUAAAUGUUUCAGAGUUGGUCAUUUAUGUGGAAAUAGAAAAUUCUCACAAAUCGUUGCUAUUUUUUCGUUUAGACCCCCGUGUCUGAAUUGUUUCCCGAAUUACAUCCGUUUGAUUUCAAUUCUGGAGGUAUAGUUUAGAUUAUGGUAAAAAAACAUUACAGUCGAUUUCACGAAACUUUGACCACAUAUAAGACCACAUGCAAAUGUUCCACUUCGUUGCGAAGUUCGCAAGUUCAUAUUGGAAUUCACAAGUCAAUUUUUAAACAAAGUCCCUGAUUGGUCACUGAAGUAAAAUAAGCCAAUCAGAUGCGUAUAGUUUACAAACUGUUUUGUGAAUCUCAUUAUGAACUUUUGAACUUCGCAACGAACUUGCGAACUUCGCAACGAACUUCGGAACAUUUGUGGUCAAAGUUUCGUGAAAUCGACUAUAGUGCAACUAUAUAUGCACCAUCGCCGCUGUACUUCUUAUUGUGUAAUCGGUGAUUGCUUGGAGCCGGUUGUAUAAAAAGUAGUUAAAGUUAAUUAUAAUUCGUGAAAAAGUUAGCCAAUCAGAAUCAUGCAUUUUAAAGUUAACUACAAUUUAGCUACGAAGAAAGCAGGUUGGUGGGCAUGUGGUGGUGGGCCGUUGAUCAAGAUUGAUAAGUCUAACCUAGAUCAAAAUUUAUUUACAGUACGUUCUAUAGCUUCUACUGCUUUAGCUAUAUCAAUUCAGGUGAUUUUUCGGAUUACUUGCAAACCCCUUACAAAAAUUUCACAGAUAUGAAUUCGCGUGUGAAAAAUGCCUUAUAUAUAGUUGCACAUUUUCACAUCUGCAAUUAAUUUGCACAUAAUUAUGAACUUCAGUUUCUUAUGCAUGUGGAAGAAUAUGUGGUUCUCAUGAAAAUUAUAAAUUUCACAAAUGUAUAUUGCGCAUGCAUGUUCACGUUUGAAAUGUUGCAAUUCCAUGCACCUAUCAAUUUCUAUACACAUAGUAUCACAUGUAUACCUAAAAUUUGUUUGUAUAGACUCUCGCUAUACGUUUCGAUAGUACAACGUUUUGGAGGGUUAAAGUAUAAUGAAAAUGUUUCCACCCCGUUGUUGGGUUUUAGCUUUUUUAUAAUCCCUGGAUUAAUGUCGUUCUGUUUUUAAGAUUUGGAAACACCUACUCUUGGGCCAGAGGUUCAGAUUCAUUGCGCAUCAGAAG